AUGUCCAGUGAUUUUCCUAUUGAAAUAAAUCAAUCAUUUGAAAAUGUGCAGUCAGUUAAUAGUAAUAGAAGCCUUAAAGGAUUGUUUUUAGUGGGAUUAACGGGUGGUAUUUCCAUUGCAUUGAGCGUAAUUUGUUAUCCGUUCAUAUCUCCGGCUUUAAGGAAAGUAUGUUUACCAUAUGUUCCAGCAACCAACUUGCAAAUCCAAAACGUUCUGAAUGUAAUCAAAGGACGAAAAGGGAAAUUAGUGGACUUAGGCAGUGGCGAUGGAAGAAUAGUUAUGAAUACGGCAAAAGCAGGAUUUGAAUCAGUUGGUGUGGAGUUGAAUUUUUGGUUAGUGAUGUAUUCACGUUUGGUCGCCAUGAAAUCUAAAAUCCAGCCUUCUCCAAAAUUUAUUCGAACAGAUUUGUGGAAAUAUCACUUAGCACCUUUCACAAAUGUUGUAAUAUUUGGUGUUGAAGAAAUGAUGUAUGAUCUUGAAAAAAAGUUCUCCGAGGAAUUGUCUGAAGGAACAGUAAUAGUUGCUUGUCGCUUUCCUCUCCCAAAUUUGGAACCUUAUUUAGUCAUUGGCACAGGAGUUGACAAAGUUUGGGCCUACAGAAUAUCAAAGACCAAACCAUAA